CCCCCGCUCACUUUGGGAUCCCGAAACCCUUGAACAAAAUGGCGAAACCUAAUAUGGCCGUUCCGGAGUGAUUGACGCCCAAAUAACGUUCUCUCUCCCUGUCUCUGUCUCUCUCUUUCUCUGUGUCCUUGUGCGUGCGUUUAUGUCCGUUCUGCUUUUUGUCCCCCCUCCCCCCUUUGGAUGUUUGUUUUCAGACCGAGUGUGUCAGCAGCCAGGACUUUCUCUCUGGGUUCCCUUCCAAAACGCAGCCACCGCUGUCACCAACCUCUACAAAGAAAGCGUGGAUACCCAUCAGCGAAGUUUUGAUAUUGGAAUUCAGAUUGGCUAUCAGCGACGCAAUAAGGAUGUGUUGGCUUGGGUUAAAAAACGCAGAAGAACUAUUCGCAGAGAAGAUUUGAUCAGCUUCCUGUGUGGAAAGGUUCCUCCACCACGAAACUCUAGAGCUCCCCCAAGACUGACUGUAGUGUCCCCUAACCGAGCUACUUCAGCGGAAACUAGCUCCUCUGUAGAGACUGAUUUGCAACCCUUCCGGGAAGCCAUAGCUCUGCAUGGUCUUAGUGGUGCAAUGGCUAGUAUAAGCGUGCGUUCGAGUACCCCAGGCUCUCCUACACAUGUAAGCAGUGGAUCGAAUGCUAGUCGAAGGAGAAAUGGACUCCAUGAUGUCGAUUUGAACACUUUCAUAUCAGAAGAAAUGGCACUCCACUUGGACAAUGGUGGAACUAGAAAGCGUACCUCAGCCCAGUGUGGCGAUGUCAUUACAGACUCACCAACCCAUAAACGCAACAGAAUGAUCUAAACUGCAAACAUUUUCACACCCACCAUGCUGCUUGAAAGCCUCUUGAUCCUCAACAUAUACUAUUAUUGCAAAGGAAACAUGAGGCCAUCAUCCCUUGUUCACUGUUUAAGACAAGUGAAUUCUAUAGUGGUUGCCAUAAAAGGAAAUUCUAGGGAUUUACAGUAGAUGCCUCUUGUAACUAUGGCUUCCUCAAAACUAUAAUCCUAGCAGAGGACAUCAGAUAUCGUGUAGUCAUUAGCGAGAUCAUCAUAGGCAAACAUAUAUCCGUUCCAAGGCUAAAAGUGACCUUAACUGUAUUUAUUCUCAAAGGGAAAGGAAAUAAUCAGAUUUUUAUUUGGUUAUAGAAUGCUUUUUUUUUCCUGGUCCAUUUCCUGCUGUGUUGAGAAUUUUGCUUGAACAGUAUUGCCAGGUUCCUGAAAUUGUCUAAAAAAACAUGAUUUGGCUCCCUUGUCAAAUCUGCAGGCUUCUAUUUUUGCAGCCACACUGUACCAUGCACCUGAUUUCUAUUUAGUAACAGUGUGCAACUUCUAAUUAUCAGACUGUGCCCUGUUUUUAGUUUUCAAAGCAGUUUCUAAUUUUGGUGAUUGUGUGAUGUAAAGAGGUGCUAUGAUGGUCAUGCGAUUAAUACUUAAUAUUGAAACAAUACACAGAACUUUAUUGGAUUCACUUUGUGUGUGUUUGUGCUCUAAAAAUAGCAAUAUUAUUAAACGGCCCCCAAGUUAAUCCUGUAGGCUUCAAAUACUCAAUUUUAAGACAAAUACUACUUUCCGAGGUACUUUCCUUACGGUCAAUGUAAACAUGUAGACUGCAUUCAAGGUGACCUAAAAGAGGUCCUGACCUUUGAGAACAAACGGGCUCCUGCACUCUGAUUCAGUAUUAGGGAGAUGGAUGGCGGUAGGUAUUCUAGUCCUUCAUGUCCUGUGUUACAUUUUUCAUGGUUGCCCAACUUUGUGCAGUUUUCCUUGUGGGUGGACGAUGAUAAACCUCUGUUUUAUCAACUAAUAAUGUGAUCACAAAUAGCAAAACCUUAAUUAUUCCUGUCCCUCCAUUCCCUCUCCUAAGAAGUGGUUUGGGAUCUCAUUCUAAAAAGGAUGAAGUCGCAUGGAGGUUCUCUAGAUGUUAGGUAGACCUAAAUAAAAGUUCUCAAUAGAGUCCUCUUUGAGUAAGAUAUAAGACCUCUGUAGCUACAACUUUUUAGAGCAUGUUUCAUCUCAUUUUUAAUAUCUUGAAUGAUAGUCUUUUUUAGAUGAAGAACUGAUGUCAGCCUGCCAGGUACUGUAAUUUAUUCUAUCCUAUUAUUAUAUAUCAAGUAGGACA